AGGAAAUGUUUUUAAGUAAUUUAUUUUUUUUCCCCCAAAGCUUUUAGUCUUGGGUUUGAUCUUAAAUCUUUUCCAACUCAAGCACUGUUUCAUUUGUUGACGGUCCCUAUGAGACACGACUGGAGAUCCGCGCUGAACGUCUGUCGAAUAUCCAACCUAGAACUAACGUCACCGCAGGUUCCGGGGGCGUGACUCGUCAGUCAGAGGUUUGAUGUAAACUAGAAGCAGAGGCUCUUGACCUUUUCAACACCGGGGCCCAAAUUUCCCAGUACAAAGGGAUUCGAGGCCUGUUCAAAUAUUACCAUGUUGAUUUAAAUUGAUCUACGUCUUGUAGGAUUUGCAUUUAAAAAUUAAAGCAAGGCUUUUUAUGGUUUAUAAAAGUAAAAGCUUGUAGGAAAAAAAUUGAUACAAUGUGAGGAUCCCAAAGAAAAUUAUUUUCACACUGAACAAGUAAAGCAGGGUCUUCAUCCUUAACACCUUAUAACCGGUUGAUGAACUUGACAAAUUGGCAGUCUUCAUUUUUGUAGAUGUGGAGUCAGCAUUUAGGUCCCACUGCCACAGAUUCAGAUUCAGAGCAGAUGUGGAGGUUUGUUUUUGUUUUUUUGCGGCCCGCAGAUUGGGCCGCGGCCCCAUGGUUAAGAAUCACUGAACUAAAGCAUCAGGAGCCGCUGACGUCAUCAUUGUUCUCCUCCGUCUUUUCCAAACCGUCUCGUGAACUUUUAUUUCAGUGAACAGUUCAACUCCUCUCCACCUUUUAGAGGAGAUGACAUUCCAGUGGACUCAUUUGUUUGUAUGAUAUCUUCUAUAAAAAUGAUAUCAUCAUACUCCGCCCCCCCGUUCCAGCCGGUCAGCACUCCUCCUCAGACUUUCCAAAUAAAAGCCGCGCAGCUGCGCGCUCCGUGCGUCACUCGGCUCCUGCCCGCGCUGGUGGUGGAAGUGGGGAAGAUGUCCGACGCCACGCUGCUGUCGGUUCUGUGCGUCCUGUGGGCGGCCGGCGGCGGCUCGCUGAUCCUGCAGGACUCCUUGGAGCGAGGCCCAGUCAGCCUGAACGAAAUGUUCCAAGAGUUGGGGGAGCUGAUGGAGGACACCCAGCACAUCCUGGGGGAGGCGGUGGAUCAGAUAAUCGCGGAGGGAGAGAAAUUCUCUUCCGGCUCCAGAGAUCCUCUCCACAACAGAACCCUAAAGAUCACGAAGAGCGGAGACAGAGUGGCUGGUGCUCUGGACAGGACUGAGCAGGGAACUGACAACAGAACAGGAGAAGCUCUUGUGACCCACGUCCACGAGGCGCUGUCUUGGAAUGGGGUAAACCAUGAGUGCAUGGUGGAUGAGGACUGUGGGGACCUGAAGUACUGCCUGUAUGAGAUCCAGAGCUCCAGGUGCCUCCCCUGCACAGCAUCAGAUAUGCCCUGCAGGAAGGAUGAGGAGUGCUGCUCCACUCAGAUGUGCGUGUGGGGUCAGUGCACGGCCAACGUCAGCAGAGGAACCGAGGGAACCAUCUGUCAGGGUCAGAACGACUGCAGGCCGGAGCUCUGCUGCGCCUUUCAGCGAGAGCUUUUGUUCCCAGUGUGUAACCCCAAACCCCAGAGGGGGGAGUCCUGCCUGAACCACCCCAACCUGCUGAUGGACAUGCUGGCCUGGGAUCAGGAAGGUCCCAGAGAUCACUGCCAGUGUGCCGACCACCUUCAGUGCCGAGCUCACGGUGAUGAGAAACUUUGUCUUUGUGCCGCAGUCUGGGAUCUGUGUGCGGGGAGUAGAAGCCAGGCCAUGCUUCACCUGCAGCUCAUCCAUCUCAAGAAGACGUGUUGCACUCAUUCUCUUAUUCAUGCCCGCGAGUGUGUAUUAAAGAACUUAAACAUGUUAUGACGUUUUGAUUGAAUCUCUACUUUUCCAUCAGCUGAGUCAACAUGAAGGUUUUUCCUUUUAGACACCAGGACUGUCGUUCAUCAUGAAGCCUGAUUCAUGUAGAAAGAACACAUUCAUCGUCCUGUCCUGUACAGUUUAGGUCAUCUUUGUCUCGCUGACUAAAUUCAGUCAGAAUUGGUUUAAUUUUUAGAAGGUUUUGGAUGGUUUGGGGUCAGGAUCAUCUCUGGUCUUGCAUGCUUCUGUCAGUACGUGGGUCAUCCCACCCGCUGCUCCUGCCAGCUCCCGGGUCCAGACCCUCCUCCAGAGGACGGGGCUUUGUUAGUCGUGGCCGUCAGGCUGUGGAGAAACCUUUCCACCCUCUUUCUAAAAAGAAAUCUACUCUUAAGACAAUGCUCUUAACCAUACGUUUGCUGUUUUUCACGGCGUCAUUUCACAUCAGUCACAUUUCUGUUUUACCCUUUUUCUAAUUUCGGUUGGUAUUUCCCUGUUUUUGUUGAAACGACUGCAGACUUUUUCAGUUGCGUGAUGAUUCUGUUUUAAGGUGGAAUUGCUGUUUAGUUUGUGACUGUAGAACUUUGGUUUGCUAAGAUUAUUUCUAAGAGUUCUGGAAAAAAAGGAUUGCUCAUAAUAAAUGACAACCAUUACUUUGGACAAAUGCUGCACUGUGAGGUUUCUCCAAACACUAUAAUCUUAGGUUGAAACCUUCUCUUAUCCAAUUAUAUUUUGUGUUUUAUAGCAAAGGUAUUUUUUAAAUAAAACAUGAAACUUUUUCAUUUAGUUUUUUUUGUAAACAGUUUAUUGAGCAUUUUGUUUCUUUCAUAAAUCCUGUUUACAGUCUUUUCAGUCCCCAUAAGCUGAGGUCAUACUGAUAUUGGUAAGAGACAUAACUGUUACCUGUAAUAAAAAAUAGUUAUAAAGUAAAUAAAAUAAAAGAUCGGUAGUGGGCUAGUAGUUAUUAAAACCUGAAAUGGUUUUAAUAAUGGAAGUGUUAAGAAGCAGUGUAGGAAAAAUCGUUUCGGCGAUAUAUCGCAAAAGUUCAUUGGGUGAUACUUGCAUCGAUUCAAAAUGCUGUCAGGAUAAUAUUUAUUUUAUCCUUUCUGAGCGUCCUUCAGCGUCUGACUCUUGUUUUCCACUUAAACCUCCCACUGCUAGUUGGCAGCAGAGCACACUAGUUUACUACAGCGUGUGAGAAAACAGAGCUGCAGCUGAAGUGGAGACUGUCAUGUACAUAAAGCAUCUUAACCACAUUAAAGCAACUCUCCUUCA